AGUAUGACGUCCGAGCACAGAUCCUGCUUGUGUUUGCUCGAAGCAACAUCUCGGCAUCUUUGGUCUCGCGGAACUUAUUAAUCUUGUUUACGAGGACCAUAAUUAAAGCGACGAAACAGCAGCGGCUCGCCCUUUAGAGGUUAGAGGGUCAAGUGAUGUUAAGUAGGGAUGCCAAUUACUUUAUUCGCUGCUUCCUUGCCGAAAUAUAUAGGGCGUGUUUGAUUACGGGACUCGGGACUCGCGUGUGUGCUGCCACACGAGCAAUUAAAUAGGUGAAACCUUUAGUAAAAAAUGUAAUUGAAGAAUCGACCAAAUGUCAAAGUCAACCGGCCCUUUUCCGUGACACGUAAUCCCUCGCAUUGCCCGAGUUCUCAAAUGAUGAAUGAAACUCGCCUAUGCGCAUCGCCAGACUUUCGUACUCUCUGUAUUCGUGUAACCGCAUGCGUUAUUGAAACUUUCUUCACUAUUUACGGAGACCAGUGACGCCGCGCACGUCACUUUUCAUCAUCAAUUUUUAUUUCCGACGAAACUCACCAGCCUCUGCUUCUUCUCUCUGCUUCAAUUAUUUCGAGUCAAAUUGUCGUUGGUGAUGGGCAUUUUUUUUCACGCCAUCGACAACUUUUUCCCAAAUUUUUUCAUCUUUUUACACAACUUAAAUUUUUAUUUGUUAAAAUGUCUCGUUCGCAGAACAGUAGAAAAACACCUUCAAGAGAUUAAAUUUAACAUUUUUUUCUGCGUUACGGAGUGACUCAAAAGUUACUUGGAUUUUCAGGAUUUGGAUAAUACAUACGAACGCGACUUUCUUAAGUUUGGUUAGGAUUUUUUUCUAUUCGAUGCUCAUAAUCUUAUAAUCAUCAAAUUUCUGGUUGAAUUAAAAAUACACACGAUGGCUUGAUCUGAUGAAUGAAUGAAUCAUUCAAUUUAUUUGUUUUUAUGAAGAUAAAAAAAGUAAGAACUGUGAGGUCGACUUAUUCAUUCAAGCGCAUGGUUUUAUGUUGUAUAUAUGCGCGGAAAACCGAAAAUCGAAGUCUAACGCCAUCUAAGGUUCGAACCUUGGCGUUCGCAAACGAAAAAGCUCGUUCUACUCUCACCGACCGGAUUCAGAUUCAAACGCACAGGGUAUAGCUAUAUACCUGUUAAUAUAUAUAGCUACAUAUUAUUUUAGUUAACAAUUAAGACAUCGAUAUAGAUUUUUUUGCGCAAUUUAUGAUAUUUAUAGAGAAUAAUUCUAUGAAUAACGCGAGUGUUCCGAAAUGUUCUCGAGAAAAGAGCAAAUAAUACAACGCACCGGCAAGCACGGUGUCGGCCGUUACGAUUUUCUUAAACUUUUAAAAACCGAAUUUGAAAGUUCAACUUCGCGAGAAGCGAAAAAGCAGGUUCUUGCUAACUUGGCUAAUUUCGCUUACGAUCCGGUGAAUUACGAUUAUUUACGACAAUUGGGUAUAAUCGAUUUAUUUCUUCAUGUUCUCUCUGAGAGUGACAGAACUCUUGUACGUUUCGCCAUCGGUGGUAUAUGCAAUUUGUGCUUGGAUCCGAUCAACAAAGAGUACAUUUCACAAAACCAAGGAAUCAACCUUGUUUCUUCACUCUUAACCUCAAACGACGAACAAACUAUCCUAUCCGCUAUUACGACUCUCAUGUUCCUUAUUACACGUACUUCAAAAAAAGAUAUUACGAAUCCUGCAAUAAUUCAGAAAAUUCAACAGUUUUCUAACGAUUCCAACAAACGUAUCAAAAACUUAGCUGAUAUUUUUUUGGCUGAUUAUUGCAAUGCCGAAGACUUAGAGCAAGCCAAAAAAACUGCCAAUACUGAUUCUCUGGAAAACAUACCGUUGCCUACCUAACUAUUCUCAUAUUUGUCAGAGUUCCUUUUGGUACUUGUUUGCUUUCAAAUUAUUUGACAAACUUGAAAUUCUAGUCAUCGACUGAUUCUUUGAGUAUUUUUAUAAAAUAUUUGUUAGAUAUAAAACUCAGAAAAAUGC